CACCCCUCCAUCCCAGUGCCCACGUCCCCCCGCCCCUCGCCACCACACGAGUGAGGAUUUGCGUCAGAUCCCGACACUUUUUGAUCAAAUUUGUGUUUUUUUUACGAUUAAGAUAAAACCCCAAACUAAAAAAAAUUAUCGACCACCCUAUUAAUAAAAAGGCGCGCGCUGACAGGUGACGCCAUGGGGCUGACGAUUUCCUCGCUGUUCACGAGGCUGCUCGGCAAGAAGCAGAUGCGGAUCCUGAUGGUUGGCCUUGACGCUGCCGGAAAGACGACGAUCCUGUACAAGCUGAAGCUGGGAGAGAUCGUGACCACCAUCCCCACCAUCGGCUUCAACGUGGAGACGGUGGAGUACAAGAACAUCUGCUUCACGGUGUGGGACGUCGGAGGGCAGGACAAGAUCCGACCCCUGUGGAGGCACUACUUCCAGAACACGCAGGGCCUGAUAUUCGUUGUUGACAGCAACGAUCGCGAGAGGACGCAGGAGGCCGCCGAGGAGCUGCAGAAAAUGCUGCAAGAGGAUGAGCUGAGGAGCGCGGUGCUGCUGGUGUUUGCGAACAAGCAGGAUCUCCCCAAUGCCAUGACCAUCAGCGACCUCACCGAGAAGCUGGGCCUGCAGGGACUGCGCAACCGCACUUGGUACGUGCAGGCGACGUGCGCCACGCAGGGAAGCGGCCUCUACGAAGGACUCGACUGGCUCUCCAACGAGCUCUCCAAGCAUUAGCACCGCCGCACGGCACCACAAGCCAGCACGUCUCACGGCGCAUCCCCUCGACUUGCUUGCUCUCUCUCUUUCUCUCAUCUUAAUUUAAGAGGCAAAUAAAUGUACGUACUCCCAUCCCCCCCCCCCCCCCGAGACCGCCCCACAAUCGGGACGCGGUCACCGUCGGAUUUAGUUGCGCGAGAUUUUUCCUGUCGUGGUCGUUGGGCGGGCAGGCCUGUUGGUGGGAGCAGAGGGGGCGGGGGGCCCGGUGAGCGAUGGGUGGCGCUUGCGUUGGCGUCGAGUGCGAGCGCAGGGCGUGUGCUCUCUGUGCUAUUGCACUGGACGUAAGUACAGGUUGCGAUGGACAUUUUCCUUUCGUAUUGCGCUAUCGGUGGGUGUAACGUGCUCAAAGAAUUCAAGAGCAGCGCAUCCCCCACCCGUGUGUUAAGAGAGAACGGAGCGGAUACCCUCGAGCUCCAUCGGAGAGAUGUCUUCAGGUCCGACCUCUGGUCCCACAGUAGAGGGCAGCAACGGGAGCUGCGUGUACGUUACGACCAACACGUGCAGUCCUCCCAACGUUCACGACGGAAUACACGCGCAUUGGAGGUUCUGCCGAUUGAACGGACUGGGAUGGGAAAACUCCCGGUCGCGGCUCGAAGGGGGGGGGGGGUGAGGGGGGGUAACGUGGCGCCACUCCUCGAGCGCGCUGCUCCCUCGGAGAUUUCUCGAGCCCCGACUUGGCGGGGCGGCCGACGAGCCCCCGCACGAUCCUCGGAGGUGCCACUUCGCCAUUUUCAGAAAGGACGGAAACCUUGCAUUGCUUUCGCCCGCAGAGGACCGUUAUCGUAUUUAUACAAUGUGUCCCGCCAGCACCAGCACCAGCCCACCCUUUGCGGCACAAAACUGGAGUUCUAAACAUCGUCGGGGGGGGGGGAAGGCGGUGCCGGAUUCAUGGUCUAUAAACUGCUGCCUUCAGAUCGGUAGCGACCGAUGGUUGGCGCCGUCUCUGUGCCCGCUGUGGGUCGCGUGGCGCAGCCAGAGGUGAACGUGGUGGGGGGUCUGCUCGUUCCGUUGUCUGUGAAUUACUGCAUUCUCUGGAUUAUGAGGGCACGCUCGUUUUUGCCGUUUUAAAGCAAGAGCUGGGAAUGGUGCUGCUGCUGCUGCGUUGUAUUAUCUGGUGGCAGCGCGAGUGUUGCCGAUUGCGUGUGUGUGUGUGAGACCAGAUUUGUAAAACUUCAUUGACACCGGGCACAGGUUUGGUAGGGUGUUACUUCCCAGAGCGUCUUGUAAUCCAGAGAAUACGGUAGCGUUGCCAUCCCCCCCCCCCCCUCCCGUUUCCCACAUGCAGAGUAGAUAGCUCGUUACCCUGGAGGAAGCGAUGUACCCACACGGACCGCCGACCCCCCCCCCCCCGCUGCUGGGUGACGAGGGCCUCUUCCACUGGGGGUCGUUUGACCAAUCUUCAACCGUGCUGGUCGGUGCGAGUUGGUGUAGAGGAACCGAUAUUGGUUACCCCCCCCCCCCUUUACAAGCAUUUGUAUUCUUCCUCCCCGCCCCACCCCCUCUUUCUCAACGUCCUUUUCGGUUCUUUGUGAUGAAGUAAUCUCUCUUUGCAUGUAAGUUUAACCUCCAUGCAGUUUCAAAUAAAACAUUAAUUUCAAGACGA